AUGGCCUCCCAGUUUACGGUAACGGAGAGCACAUCCGAAUUUCAAGACAACCCGGUUAGUCCGAAUGAAGGAGACACGCGUGCCACUGUGGAAUCGACUCGCAAAUGUCGUCACUGUGAGCCACUGGAUGUCUCGUUUAUGACCGAAGAUCUUUUUAAUAUUGUCUUGGAGAAUGAGCCGGUGUAUGGUGUUGAUGGUACUGGACAAGAUCCAAUUACAGUCGGCGUUAGUCGUCCAACUGUGGGUUUGCCUGUCAACACAACUACACGUCAGUCCCAAGUACGCGAUCCGUUUACGGAGAGGAUUAACGCUGGAGAUGUACAACCUGACAGUGGAGAAUCAAUAAAGGUUGAGGAAAACAUUCGCCAUUCACCAAACGCAGAUCAGUCGGAACGUCCAGUGACUUGUGUAGAAGUGGCCGAUGCUGCUGGUACGGAUGAUGUUCAAACGUUUCAGAAGUUCGCGUCCACUUAUUUUCAAGGGGGUGCUACUCCAGAAUUUACAAGACGUAAGCUAACAAAACCACUGUUGGUCCAUUCCAAGGAAAGUGAUCGAUCGGCUGCCAUUGCUGUUUGGACAAUGAUUUUAGGGUUUAUGGAAAGUCGACCUGAACCGAACAAAACCGUCCCGUGUUCGGAAACACUCGACUGGUUGUCCAGUUUAUCCAGUGACUUAUGUUCCGGCCAAAUGGAUGCCCGAAAUGCACCAAAUGAAACCACUGGAGUCAACAAAGAAACGCGAAACUAUGCGAAUGACAAGAACAACAAUCCCACACCGAUUUUGAUCCGUAAAGUUCGUGCAGAAGGUUGGUUUCUGCUGGCAUUGUGUACCGGUUGCUUUGUACCAUCUGAACGACUCUUACCGUCAUUUCGUCACUUCGUUCAAACUUACGGCCCUCCUGAGUUUGUUGAUUUAUGCCUGCAUCGAUUGGAACGCACUCUAGCGAAUGGGAUUCGACGCCAACCUCCCGGUUGGGCCGAGGUAUGUGCUACUCGAAUGAGGCAGGAUAUGCAACUUUCUAUAACCCUGAUGGACAAUCGAACUGUACUCGUUCACGCGGAUGCUGCCACCAUGGCUUCAGAAGUGUGUGCCUCUGUGGCAGAUCAGAUUGGAUUACAAGAUCGUUUUGGAUUCUCUUUAUAUAUUGGGUUGUUGAACAAGGUCUCAUCUCUGGGGAAUAGUAAUGAUCAUUUGAUGGAUGCAAUAAGUCAGUGUGAAAAGUUUAUCGAAGGAUCUGGUCCUCACGAUCCAUGGGCACCGUGGAAUCUAUACUUUCGUAAAGAACUGUUCACUCCAUGGCACGAUCCAUCUAUAGAUCCAGUUGCCACAGACCUGAUCUAUCAUCAAGUCGCCCUGGGCCUGGUUCACGGCGAGUAUCUCUGUGAUAAGCAUGAAACAGUUUGCUUUCUACUGGCUUGCAAAUAUCACGUGGAAACGUUCACACAAUUUGACAUGAACAUUAAUCCCAUUCAGCUGGACUCUGAGGAUAUCAAAACGUGGCUUGUGAAACAAAAUUGUCGAUGGGUCACCGAUCCCGCCUCCACACGAAGUUCAUACCCCUCAUUGCUCACGUUAACAACUGUCCAAAAUACCAAAUACACACUCUACUCUUCUGAUUCGGACGAAAUUUGUGAGCUAAUUAUUAGAUUCUUGACUGGUCUAAAAGAACGAUCAAUUUAUGUGGUUGCUGUGCAAGAGGUUCGACCAACCGAUGUCGUGGACGGUGAUCAAAAGCUACUCUUUAUGAACUAUGGUGACCUGAUUGUGCUACGUCCUCCGGUAGAGAAUAGUCAUUUAUGUUCCGAAAACCACCCAGAUUCCUGUGGUCUUUCUUUGGUUUCCGAGCCCCUUUCCCCAGUUCCGUUUCUCCACGAGCAUCUCGUGCAACUGGGGGAAUCCACCGGAGGUUUGUGUUGCGGGGAAAAUCAACGUACUCGACAAGUGGGUGAAUUUCCGGCGAAAUUCGUUUACAUUUUACCCACAUUGACUUUCCCCACACCCAAAAUGUUGAUUCUGUUUGAUUCGACAAGCAGUGUACUAACAGAUGGCGAUCAAACACUAACCGAUUUAGAUGAUUCCAGUCUGAAGUCUAUUCCAAAUGUUCCAUCUGUGCUCUACAUGCCCAUGCUGUCAAACGGUUGUGGUCGCCCCGGUUCACUCGGUAAGUUGCAAGCUUUUUUGGAUAGUUUGAGUGCUAGUCUGGCCAUGUUCGGUAUGCGUUUCGCAUCUUCAAAGUGUAAAAUGUUGUUGUUGUUGGAUCCAGCCCCCAACCUCAUCCUGACUGGGGAAGUAGUAGAGGAAGUAUACAAAUUUUGCUAUCUGAGCUACAUCUCAGCUACAUCUCACCUGGCGGAUGUAUAA